UCUUUCUCAAAAUUCCCGUCUUUUCUCUCUCUCUCCUCUCACUCUCUCUCUCUCUCUCUCUCUCUCUCGCGCCCGCCCUUCGACGGCGUGCGAGAGUUCCUCUCGUCGAUCCAGCGAGGUUCAAUCGAAGUUGAACCCGAACGCUUGGGAUCUGAUCAAUUGCGGGAGAGGAGAGAAAUGUCGUCUUCCCCUAUUAAUCAACCCGCAGCCUCACGCACUUCAUCUUCUCCUGACCCUGCUCCUCUUAAUGCUUAUGAAGAUGUAGCAGAGACUACCAACCCGACCCCUCGAAAACGGAAGAGGAAAAAUUCCUCCCCGUGUUGGGAUGACUUUGUGGAAAUUGUUCGCCCUGAUAAGGUCAGGAGGUGGCAGUGCAAGCAUUGCAAGCAUGAUUUCGCGCAAAAUUCAUCCGGGACGACCUCUCAUUUGAGAACCCACUUGAAAAACUAUUGCACUGCCAAGAGGAGGAGUGAGCAAGGGCAGAGAACGCUCGAAAACUAUUGCAUUGCCGGGAGGAGGAGUGAGCAAGGGCAGAGAACACUCGAAAUGUCCUGUGUGGAGCAUCCCGCUAUGCUACUAACCAACGGCGGAGGUGAUGCCUUGAAAGUUAGGGAGGCAUUAGCGCAUUGGGUAAUGAUGCACGAUCAUCCGUUUACGAUCUGUGAGGAGGAGGGUUUUGUGUUGUUGAUGAAGAGCAUGAAUCCAGGGUUUACGGAAAUUGGGUGGGAAACCUUAAGAGAUGAUUGCAUGGAAAUCUUUGGCAGCGAGAGGAGUAAAUUGAAAGCGCGCUUGAAAACUAUUGAUACAAUUAGUUUAACGACCGGACUUUGGAGGUCGGAAAAUCAAAGAAUUGAAUAUGUGGAGGUCACGGGCCAUUUUGUUGAUGAGCAUUGGAACCUGGAAAAAAGGAUUCUUGGUUUUGUGCAUGUGCCUUCUCCUCGAAGUGGUAUGGAUAUAGCGGACACUAUGAGUAAAUGCUUGAAAGAAUGGGGAAUAGAGAACAAAAUUUUUACUAUUACAGGGGAUAAUGCGACAUAUAGUGAUGUUUGUUUUAGAAUUUUGAAAGGUGACUUACCCGGGAGUAGGAAAUCGGUUUGUGGUGGAAAGUUUUUACAAGUUCGAUCUUGUGCUCUCAUUCUUAAUCUUCUUGUUCAAGAUGGAAUAAGUGUUAUUUCAUCAAUAAUUGAAAAUGUACGUGAAAGUGUGAAGUUUGUCAGUCAUAGUGAAGCGAGACUCAAAGCAUUUUCUGCUAUUGUUCAAGAGUUGCAAUUAGGACAGAAGAAGUUGAUCCUUGAUGUGCCUAGUCGAUGGAACUCGACAUAUUUAAUGUUGAUCACUGCCUUAAAGUUCAAAGAUGCAUUUCCAAUUCUUAAAGAAAGUGAGCCCAAUUAUGAUUGCAUGCCGGACCCUGGGGACUGGGAUAAAGUGGGGAAGAUUUGCAAGUUAUUAGAGGUGUUUGAUGCGGUAACAAAUCUCAUCUCCACUAGUGAUUAUCCUACAUCCAAUUUAUAUCUUGUCGAAGUUUAUAGGAUUAAAAAAGUAAUAGACGAAUUGCUAGUAGAUGAUGAUGUUUCUAUUAGAGAAAUGGCAAGAAAAAUGAAAGAUAAGUUUGAGAACUAUUGGGGGGAAUGCAAUUUGUUAAUCGCUGUAGCUUCUAUUAUGGAUCCAAGGUUGAAACUGGGUGCAAUGGAAUAUUGUUAUCCUCAAAUUUACCCUGAAGAAGAGUCCAAACGAUAUAUUCAAAAUGUGAAAAAUGCUCUAAAGGAGAUAUUUGAUAAAUAUGUUUCUGUACAUCAUGCCAAUAAUGCUUGUAACUCUUUGGGUGGAGAAGGUGGUGCCUUGGAUGAGUCUCGUGAUACAAGCACUAGCUCAGGAUGGAGUGACGUCUUUAGUUUUGUGAGAAGUAAAGAAAGAAUUCCUGCUUUCAAAUCAGAGUUGGAGAUGUAUUUAGAGGAGCAUGUAUUUAUUUGUAAUGGAACUGUCGAUCAAUGUUUCAGUGCUUUAGAUUGGUGGAAAGACAAUCGAUUUAAGUAUCCUAUCUUGUCGAGAAUGGCUGCGGAUAUCCUUGCAGUUCCUAUUUCCACGGUGGCAUCUGAGUCUGUUUUUAGUGAUGGGGUAAGGGUAAUAGAUCCAUAUCGAGCUUCUUUAGACCCGACCACCCUUGAAGGAUUAAUUUGUGGAGGAGAUUGGAUUCGUAAGGUGCAUGGUAUAAAGAAAAGAAAGCAGAGUGAGGAUGAUAUAAAAGAGAGAGAGAUUAUAUUGCCAGAUCCUUGAGUUCAGUGAAGCGUCAAUGUAAAUGGAAAUAUGGUUGAGCCAGCAAGAGGAUGGCUAGAUUGUUGUCGGCUACAAGAAGCAUGGUUCUGUAGCUUGGAAGGAAUUUGAAAGCAUCAAAUUUUUUUUUUUGGGAAAUAGUAUUGAUACAAGAUGCACUUCUGUAGAAUUUACUAUGUAUUAGCAUGGUUCUGUAGCGCUUUCAUCUGGGGAAGCUUCAAGCUGCUAUUUUGUAGUUGAUGUGUACUUUGAAGAUGUUCAACUUGGUGACCUUUAAUAUUUCAUGGUCAUAUUUAUUCAGACCUGCAAAACUCUAUUCUGAGCCGAAGAACAAAGGUCUAACAAACACAUUGCGUUAAACUUUUUCAGGAAAAGCAAUGGGAGGAAUGCCGAGGUUGAUGAAAAUUCUGGAGGCGUGUCGGUCUGGAAAUAGAUCGACAACCUUCCCGAGAUUUGAGACCUCUGAAGACUACUUGCCUUGAGACCUCUUAAGACUGUACCCUUGUUUUGAUUUUGAUUUUGCUUUCGUUUAGUAUGGUUCUGUAGCUUGGAAGCAGUGUGAAGCAUCAUUUUUUUUAUUGGAAAUAGUAUUAAGAAUUUAUCAUAACUAUUGGAAGUUUGAAACAACUAGACCAUUGUGAAACAAUGUAUUAUGAUGACUCUAUUGGAUGAGUCGAAUUUUCUAUGUACUGCUUAUUAGAUAUGUUUUCUAUAUUUGAAAUGUGUAUGCAUCCUUAGUAUUUCAUCUA